GGGAGUGUGUAUGUUAGUGUGCCGUCUGGCUCAGUGUGCGCCGCUUGUGUCAGUGUUCGCUCCUGUGUACCACAUGUGUAUAUGUGGCGCGUCUCUACCACUGUAGAGCCCAAACGUUUCAGGUGUGCGUGAGGAGAGUGAGUGUAGCAGGUGUAGACGAGUGCCGCACACCCACCAAGUGUAGAGACACAAGUGUUAGUGUAAGUGUGGCCAAGUGUGGCUGGAGCAGCGGUGGCCAGGAAGAGUGUGGUGAUGCCCGCUGGUGUGGCCCUCUAGGCCAGCCACACCACCACCACCACACCUGCCACACUCCCGCCACACCUGCCACCAUGAUUGUCAUCAAGAAAGAGAAGCCGGUCAUGUCCGUGUCGUCCAUCAUACAUGGCUCCCAACAGCGGGGGUGGACACCAGGUGAGCUGUAUGAUGACUGGGGCGGCCGCGCCGGCACACCAGGUCUGGAAAUCGGCAUGUCAGGGUCGGUGGAGCGGCAGUCACCCUUGAGCGUGGCGCCCGACACCCUACUCUCCCCCUCCUCCACCUCUACCUUCUCCACCACCAAUGGCGGACCAGCCUCCCCAAGUUUUUCACAUUGUGAGUAUUCGCCGUGUUCUUUCAGUAUAUCAACGCCUCCCUUCACCAUUGGGUCGAGUGGUAAUAUGCUCAGUUCCAGCAACAGCAGCAGCAACAGCCUGAGCACCUCACCCAACCAGUACCCUCCCAGUCACCCGUUGUCGGGCUCCAAGCACUUGUGUUCCAUCUGUGGCGACCGCGCCUCUGGCAAGCACUAUGGCGUCUACAGCUGUGAGGGCUGCAAAGGAUUUUUCAAACGAACAGUUCGCAAAGACCUAACUUAUGCCUGUCGAGAGGACAGAUCCUGCACCAUUGACAAGAGACAAAGGAACCGAUGCCAGUAUUGCCGAUACCAGAAAUGUUUAUCCAUGGGCAUGAAGAGAGAAGCGGUCCAGGUAGGGGCAGUAGAGGAGGAGCGCCAACGUACAAAAGGAGACAAAGGAGACGGCGACACAGAAUCAUCAUGUGGAGGCAUCUCGGAUAUGCCAAUUGCAAGUAUCCGUGAGGCAGAACUCAGCGUUGAACAUACAAAUGAGCAUCCACUUGACCAAGGGAAUCAAGAUGAACCCGCCCGAUCUACGUCCCCAUCGAGCCCAGCGAUGACCACUCUCUCUCCUUCCUGUCUUCAGCCCAUCUUGCCAGCAGAUGUGACCAUGGGCACUACCCUGGGGGGAGGGAGGGGAGAUGAUGCAGUGAGGGGUGUUGGCCACAAGUUUCCAGCCCAAGCUUACAACACCAACUAUCAGAGAGGCAACCAGGAUGCUUUAACCAACAUUUGCCAGGCUGCAGACAGACACUUAGUCCAACUGGUAGAAUGGGCCAAGCACAUCCCACACUUCACAGACCUUCCUGUUGAUGACCAAGUUGUCUUACUUAAGGCUGGUUGGAAUGAACUACUUAUUGCGUCCUUUUCACAUCGAAGUAUGGGAGUUGAAGACGGGAUUGUACUAGCUACAGGACUCGUGGUACACAGAAGUAGUGCUCAUCAGGAAGGUGUGGGGGCAAUUUUUGACCGAGUGUUAUCAGAGUUGGUUGCUAAAAUGAAAGAGAUGAAGAUGGACAAGACAGAAUUAGGCUGUCUGCGCUCCAUAGUUCUCUAUAACCCAGAUGCUAAGGGACUCACAUGCUGUAAUGACGUGGAGAUUCUACGCGAGAAGGUUUACGCAGCACUAGAAGAGUACACACGUACUAGCUACCCUGAAGAACCUGGCAGGUUUGCCAAGCUAUUGCUACGACUACCAGCGCUCAGAUCAAUUGGCUUAAAAUGCCUAGAGUAUCUCUUUUUGUUUAAGCUAAUUGGAGAUACACCUCUGGACAACUACUUGAUGAAAAUGCUUAUGGAAAACCCCAACAACACUUCCCCUUCAAGUUAAGAUAUGAUAACACAUGCAAUAUAAAAGCAGUCAUGACUUAGUGUUUCUGUUAAACAGAUUUUUAAUCAUAUAGUGUACUAUGAAAUGAGCCUUACUGAACCACUGAGAAUUUCUUAUAAGGUCUUGAUGUUGCUGUUCUUAGUAUAAAGACUAAAUGUGUGUACAUUAUAAUUGUUUUAAUUAUAGUGAGAGACAACUGACCUGUGAAGACACUAGUAAAAACAAGGAAGUAGUUGGCAUUGUCAUGAACUGUGGCUAAUUGGCAAGUGAUAUAUAUAUCUGCUAAGCAUAGAAAAAAGCAAAGCAAAAUAAACAUGGUUGUGGUUGCACGAGUGAAAUUUGUUGCUAUAAGACUGAACCAGUCGGGAGAGACUACCCAAGAUAAUGCGAGCUGCAAUGGAUACUAAAUUGUUGCUGCCAAGAAAGUCCGGCCAGCUUUAAAACUCAAGGAAACUGAUGAGGGAUCCAUUUCCCAAUUAGUAAUUAUUACAUUUUGCACAUCCAAAGUAUUUAUACACUUUAAUUUGUUAAAAGUUUAUAUAAACAACCCAUUUUAUGUACUGAUAUUCAAAACUCAUUGUUCCAUGAGUAUUAUAAUAUGCUAAUAACUUCUUUAUUGUUUAGUGUUCAACUUUAUUCCUAACACUUGUGCUUUCAGUGAAGAAUUUACAAUAAAUGGAACGGCUUUGAUUAAUUUGUUAUCAAACUUCACUUGGACAGAAUACUUUAUGAAUGGUAUACAGUACAAACAUGUGACAAAACUUGUAAUCUUUUUAUUACAUUUUAUAGACAUAUAUUUAUGUCUUAUUAGGUCUUUUGGCAUGUAUAAUGCAGUCUACAUACAUACUGUUGAUGUAGGAACCUGUAGUAAUGCUAUACUCUAGAACAAUGCUGGUAACCAAUGAAAGUAAAGUUGAAACUGAUAUCCCAAGAAAACUUGCUUGCACAUGAAACUAUUGAAAGCCAGUUUAUGGCAUUUAGCAUAAUAAUGUGUGUGUGUGUGUGUGUGUGUGUGUGUGUGUGUGUGUGUGUGUGUGUGUGUGUGUGUGGCAUACAUUCGAGUGAUUCUACACAAUAAGUUGAUAUCACCAUAACACCAUUAAAAUUUGUAACUCAGUACAUUAAUGGCAUAUUUGUACGAGACGGGUGCUGUCAACUGUUUCUAUUAUUUUAAUAUAUAUAUAUAUAUAUAUAUAUAUAUAUAUAUAUAUAUAUAUAUAUAUAUAUAUAUAUAUAUAUAUAUAUAUAUAUAUAUAUAUAUAUAUAUAUAAUUUCUCAAAUGGACUUCAUGCAAUAUAAUGUCAUAGUUUGUGUGUUGUACCUAGGAAGUCAUGUCAAUCCAAGUGUUCAAUGUGUAUGUUUAAUGUUGAAAGAUAUUUGGAAAAAUUAUAUUUCAUGUUGAAUGAGCCAACAUGCUUGAGCACAAUCAUCCCAGUGUAACUGUACAUAAAAUAUCAUUUCAUUUUUCAUCCUAUGUGUAGUACUAAAUGUAUUCUUUUAGCUUGUGUGCAAUUUCAGACAAUGCCAAUUCUUGUUCUCCAAUUUAUUGCAAGGGGUAUAAUUGACAAAGUCACUUGCAGUCAUCAAGUUGUUUGCAACAAAUACUGUAUUAACACAAUUCAUUUAUUAUUUUAGUGAAUAUUUAAUAUUCGUAGGUAGCUGUACUCGCUGUAUUCAAGAAUGGAUAAAUUUAAAGAAUACCAUACUAAUCCUAUUUUAUUUCUAAAAUUGGUUUCUAUGCAGAACUAAUAUUUAAUCCUGACUUGAAUUAAUAUACAUGAUCUGUUUGCACGAAGUGUUACAUCACUGGCUCUUGUAUAUAUUAUGAUCAUUGUUGUAUAAAAUUCUUCAGUGCUAAUAAUUCUGGAAAUGGUACAAUAGUAACACGUGCAAGAAUAUUUUUUACCUCGUACAAGGCGAUUCAUUGUUAUGAAUCUUAGGGUGAUAUUAUAAAGUUAGCGUUUCUUAACGUUAAUGUUGUAAUUUUUCUGGUCACUCUACCCGGUUGUGAAUGCACUUGCUGCCCUGCAAUGCAGAAGGCGGUCCAAUGUUUAGUUGUCCUUUAAUGUUGACUCUUCAUAGUAUCAACUCGCAUAGGUUAUAUGAAAUAUUAAAUCUAUAUAUCACUUGUUACUGCAGCAUAUAUUGAUAUAUACAAAAAUUCUUUGUUUUAUAUGAAAGUGUUAAUUAAACAAAUACAAAGCAUACCAUACCUGUGAAUAUAAUUAGUAAAACUUUGGAUCAUAUACUGUAACAAGAUUAUCUAGUUGAUAAUGGGUCAAAAUGGUUAACUGCAAUCCUUUAAGCUAGCAUCAUUUCAUAUUUCUAUUGUGAAUGUGAUUUUAUGAAAUGUAAUUUACACCAUUUUCCUGCCUAGAUCCUCCUCAAGAUAAAAUUGUGCUUAAGGCAAUGUAUCUCUCUCUCCUGUGGUGAUAGGAUCAUAUAGAAGAAUUUUUAGACUGUAGUCAUAUUUAGAAAUUUUUCACUUUUGUAAUAAUUUUGUUUUGUUUUGCUGUGUGAAUUAUGCGCCCAGUGCUCAAGUUUAGAAAUGUUACAAAACAUACAGUUUGUAAUUUGGAUGUCGCAAAACUGUUUUUGUUGGCAAUGGCCAGCUAUGAAAUUGAGUGAAAAACAUUUUGUAUAUAGUCUUAAUAUCUAUAAUUUUAAGUGUUCAAAGAUACUGGAGAACUUGUAAAUGUUAAUUAACCCUUGCAAUUUAUGGAUAAAGGGUAAUGCAUACCUUGGAUCCAGUGUUUGCUAGAGAAUUAACAAUAUGAAAGAACUAAUAAGAAUCACUUCACAGUGAACCUGUAUUUUGUGUCAUGCAAGUGUGAGAUUUAUCAAAGCUAAUGGAGGAGCACACAACACAAAGCUUGUACAUCUUUAAGUGGAGCACGAGAGGUCUUGGGGAGUGAUAUAUGCAGCUUGGGCAGGGCUUCCCAUAAAUAGAAGAAAAUAUCAAACUAAAGUGUCUAAGAAGUUUUGCAAGAAGUGAUGCAGUGAUGCUGAAAGUACACUGAUAUUGUUCAAUGUUGUUGUGUAGGGUGCUUUCAGCAAGACUUGCUCUUCAACGUCAAACCCUGUUCCACCCCUUCUCCCUCCACCCAACCGCUGCCCCCUCUCCUUCCCAUCCCAUCCCCCAUGCAACCUCUCCUUCCCAUAUCCUCCCACCUCUCUGUCCCAUCCCACCACAACAAUACAUUGAGCGUUGCAUAAUGCAUACUCUACUAGGGCUGUUGAAGCUCACACUUGAAUGAAGCACUGGCAAAGGCUCACCUAGCUAAGUGACUUUUUCCCAUUUACCAACAGUGACUGUUCUAAAUGAAUUAAGGAGAAAAUAUAAAGUACGAUAUCUUUCAGCCGUAUGCCACAUUUAAUUAUUGAAGUAAAACAAUAUACAUGUGUUCCCCUAAUUCCAGUGUUGUGUCUUCAUAGGCAUGUUGAAAUAAAGGCAUCUAAAUGCAGA